AUGACUUCGUCGCAAUCUCAGUCGUAUCAUCCGUUCCUCAAGAACGUGGAAGAUUGUCCGUCCCGUUCCUUGAAUGCUUCCAUAUGGGCCCCCCAGCCGCAGCCGAACGAGUCCUGGCCGAGGACCAUCGCGUCGUUUUCUCGAGCCGCUGAGGAUGACAAGCAAAAGAGUAGGCCCGGAUUUAUCCGUAUAUCUUCCGUUCCAUGUGCUGACGCCAGUCCAGAUGCCUUUGGUCCCGUUGGGUUCAUCGGUAGCUGUCACAAAAAGGACGUUGGCGCCAUCGGCGAUGGUCGACGCAAGAACAGCUCCGACAUGGAGCAUAUACACGUAGAACAACUGCUUCGGACGCUGAACCUUAAUUCUCCUGCUCCCUUCUCCCAACCGCCCCCUCUCACUGUGCACGCUAAUAACUCGCCAGAUCUGUCCCCUAGCUCUGCUACAUCUGCUCUUCUGACUCCCACCGAUCUCUCGCCUGCAAAGGGCAUAGACUUGAAACUUAAUAAUUAUGAGUAUCACUCUUCGGCCCCUUCUCCACAGGGCCUAAUGCUGGACCCCGGACCUCCUCAUCGUGCUGGAGAGACAUAUCCUUCGCAUCAUUCCCACCAUGUACAACCUGCCAAUGCGUUUCAACAGACUGCUACUACAUUUCCGUUCUUCGAGCCAUUCUCUGAGGCCUCCGCCCAGAACCCUAGCGCUCAGGUAUUCUCUUCCGCUCAGCACCAUCUCGUCAAUCGUAGUGACCCUCGCUCCUUCGUAAACUCAACCUGGCGGAGCGAGCGGGAACUCUCAUCAGAAUGGUUGCGUCCCGAUGAUAUAAGGGAUCGUAGCUCUGGUCUCGUCACUGACGAGCAUUCAAUGCGACCCAUCACCUUUCAGAACAAUUUCCCUCAUCUUCCUUCGAACCAGGGUCAAGCCCCUCCAAUCAAUUUUCUUUCGCUCUUGCAUCCAUCGUCUUCGCCUCCUUAUCAUGUUUUCGUGUCUCGCAUCAUUAAAUCCUCCGAUCAACAAGCAUCGAUCUUUCUUCAGCAGAAACUCAAAGUCGCGGACCUUGACGAGCGCGCUAAGAUCAUAGACGCCAUUUGUAUGAAGGGGUUCGAGAUGAUGGCGCAUCGAUUCGGCAAUUGGGCUGUUCAAAGAUGUCUCGAAGCGGCUUCCACGGCCGACGAAAGAAGGAAAAUUGUACAUUGCAUGAGGGGCCGCGUCGUGGAUUUGGCGUCUAAUUGCUACGGCUGCCACGUCCUCCAAAAGGCUUUAGAUUGCGAGGAAGACGUCCGAUUACUCAUCGUCUCCGAGCUACUUCUUGGAGAUCCUGCCCAGACUCUCGUCAACAAGCAUGCGUCUCAUGUCUGGAGUAAGAUCAUGGAGUUGACAUGGACCGCUCCAGCACCGCCCAUAUUCGCCUAUGUCAAUAAGUCUCUGAAGGGCAAGUGGGCGUCGCUUGCUUGUCAUGAGACAGGCUCUCUCGUUGUACAGCAUGCCUUCGAAAACUUGGAAGAGUCCGCAAAAGACGGAAUCAUCGACGAGCUACUCAAUCAAGGGACAGCUGUUUUCAGCGAAGUCGCAAAGAAUCAAUGGGGAUCGUACUGCAUUCAACAUAUUCUCGAACAUGGAUCAGCUGACCACCGUCGGAUGGCUCUGGACCAUAUAGUUGCGGGACUUCUGGAGUAUGCGACGAACGAACAAGGCUCUAAAUCGGUCACAAAAGCCCUCAAGGAAGGAGGCAAGGAGACAUUGGACCGGGUUGUCAAGCGAAUGGCCGAAUCUUCCAAAGGAGGUCGCAGGGCUAUUAUCGUCGAUCUGGCCUUAUCUGUGACUGGCAGUCAGCUGAUUGCUGCGGUUUUACCUAACGUUGACAAGGAUCAACGAUCUCUUCUCUACGAUUCUAUACGUGGCCAUAUUGUCACUCUUCGAGGCUGCAAAACUGGGUCCAAGGUCAUUUGGUUAUUGUGA